AACAACCAACACCAUGUGUGGCUACUACGGAAACUACUAUGGCGGCAGAGGCUAUGGCUGCUGUGGCUAUGGAGGCCUGGGCUAUGGCUAUGGAGGCCUGGGCUGUGGCUAUGGCUCCUACUAUGGCUGUGGCUACCGUGGACUGGGCUGUGGCUAUGGCUAUGGCUGUGGCUAUGGCUCACGCUCUCUCUAUGGCUGUGGCUAUGGCUGUGGCUCUGGCUAUGGAUCUGGGUUUGGCUACUACUACUGAAGACACAAUAGAAGACUCUAAGCUUCUUCUAACUGUGAUGUCCGGAUUUUGCCACUCUUCACCUCGUAUAUUCUAAGUCUCCUGCUUACAUACUGAUGAUGUAAAUUACAGGUUUCCGAUAUAAGUUUACUGAAGUCUUGGUUCCUUCUGUGUCUAAAAUGUCCAAUUAAUCAUUUUGAAAAUUUGUUUUAAAAAGUGGAAGAAUGUGAAAUGCAUAGUCUGUGUGCCUAAAUUGUCAUUCAUUGUGAUGAUUCUGUCACAGAUCCUUUUGGAUUUUAACCAAGAGGAUUUUCUCUUUCCCCAAUAAACUUAUUCAA